UGCUAUGCAAGUUGUCUGGUUAUGUAUCCUGGACAUUUCUGGGCUAUACUUUGUUAGAAUCAUCAGUAAGGUGCUGAUCUUUAUUAACUAUUUAAAAAUACUUGUAAUAAGGAUGUAAAUUGAAGGAGUAUGCACCUGCGAUUCAAGAUUAUAAUAAUUUUUUGGCAAAGGCAAUUGCAGGAGGGACUAGUCAGUUUGUUAAAGGGAUCUUCAAAUGCAGCAAUGCUUACACCAACCAGAUCUGGAUUUCAGUUUCCUUGAGAUGAAUCCCUUUACCUUGGUGAAUGGAGAGCCAUACCCAUUGGAUAUGAGGGCAGAGUUGGAUGACACUGCUGCCUUUAAGAACUUUAAGAAGUGGGGUGUCAUAGAGUUUCCUCUUCCCUUUGGAAGAGUUCUGAGUCCUACAGAAAGCUUCAUUCACUCAUUGGAUGAAAAGGUAAUUGGUGCUUCUGGAGCUGUGAAGCAUGAGGACCUUGUUGAGCAAGUGAAGAAGUUGUUUACCAAAUUGUCAUCGGAUCCAACCACAACUUCUGAAUUAGUUGCCAAAGGGCCAGCAAUUUUUUCAGAUUUUUUGUGUUAAAAUCCUUUGGUUUUUUAUUUUUUCUUAUUUUUUCUUUUUUUCCUUGGAUCUGACAGUGGGUGUUUUGGUUCACUUCU